UUCCGAACCCCACCAUUUACUAUCUCCCCUUUUUCUUUUAUACAUCAAAUGACCACAGAAAAAAAAAAAAAAAAAAAAAAAGACAAACCAAAAAGACCUUUUGUUCAUCAUUUGAAUAUCAAUCCUUUAUAAAGCUUAAGUUUUUUUCUUUUUUGCUCUUUUUUGUUUUCAACAUAUGAAGAUGAGAUCUUUAUGUUAACCCUUUGAAGAUAUGGGUUUGAGAAAUCACAUGGCAGAAGAAAACAUCUUUUGUCUUCAAUCCCCAACUUUCAUAGAAUGGCUUAAACCACACAACCCUUCUUCUUCCUCUCCGACCUCCAUUUCUCUUUCUUGCUCGUCUUCGUGCUCCUCUGAUCGAGAUUUGAUCUCUCAGACGAGUGUCCAAUGUGUUCCCGGGCGAUGCCUCCCUUUGUUCACGGAGACGGAGGCCUUCGCGAAGAAGGACGAAGAAGAAACUCGAGCUGAAGAUGGUGAAAGAAAAUAUAUGGAUGUCAAAGAGGAGGAUGAAGAUAUGGAGAAAGUUGAAGUGGGUUUGCACAUUGGGCUUCCAAAUGUUGGUGAUGUCUCUAAUGUUUUUGGUGAUGAGAAGAACAUGAAUGUUUGUGUAAAGAAAGAAGAAAUCAACAGCUUGAAGAAAAGCUUCUCUAAUUUUAAUACUCAAGGAAGGUUUUGGAUCCCAACACAAGCUCAAAUCCUUGUUGGUCCUAUGCAAUUUGCUUGCGCUAUCUGCAAUAAAUCAUUUAAUAGAUACAAUAACAUGCAGAUGCACAUGUGGGGGCAUGGAUCUGAGUACAGAAAAGGGCCAGAAUCUCUAAGAGGAACACAACCAGCAGCAAUGCUAAGGCUUCCAUGUUAUUGCUGUGCUCAAGGCUGCAAGAACAACAUUAACCAUCCAAGAGCCAAGCCAUUGAAGGACUUCAGAACCCUUCAAACUCAUUACAAAAGAAAACACGGUUGUAAGCCAUUUAUGUGUAGAAAAUGUGGCAAAUCUUUGGCUGUUAAAGGAGAUUGGAGAACCCAUGAAAAGAAUUGUGGUAAGCUAUGGUAUUGCUGCUGUGGCUCAGAUUUCAAACACAAAAGAUCUCUAAAAGAUCAUAUUAGAUCCUUUGGUAAAGGCCAUUCACCUUGCUCCUCUCUUGAUGAUGAAUGUCUCACUGGUUCAGAUGAUCAAGAAGAUCAUUUCUCUUAAACUAUGUGUUGGUAAUUUCCGUUAUUAGGGUUUCUUUCUUAUCCAUGAUCUCAUGCAACAUCUUGAAUUAUCUUGUGCUCAGUAACAAAACAUUCUCCAAUUGAUGGGUUGUGCGAGGAGGAAUUAUUUGGGAGAUUGGAACAAUGUGGCUUGCAUCAUCCAUGAGUGUUGGAAUGAGAGACAUCUGCAUUGUGACAGUUACAUUGAAUAGUUUUUUCUGAAAAGCUCGAGAGGGAACGAUUUGUUACAGAGCACUGUGAUAUAAUUUCUUUUUCUUUUUAUUUCUUUCUACCAUGGUUUAGGGUUUUCUAAUAAGAUGCAUGGGAUUGCCACAAGUGAUGAAGUAGGUGAAUUUUCUUCUUUUGAGAGGGUGUUAGGUUUUAUUGUCUCUCUUUCGUGGAGGAAAUUUGUCAGCUUCAUUGCUUAUUGUAUAGUGGCAAUCUUUCAUAUAUGAAGGUUGAAAGACUCUAUCUCUCUCUUUUUUGUUACUAAUUUCACUAUCCCUUUCCUCUUUCGAAGAACUUUUAUGAAGAAUUUCAAAGUAUAAUUAUUUAUAUUAAAUGCUUUUAUGAA